UUUACACAGUGGCUGCUAGCUGAACCUAAAGUGACAGACCACAACUUAUUUACAGUCUAUGUAGUAGUCAGCUUGUUUCCAAAGACAGCAACACGUUUUAUUUAAAGAUAGCAUCCAAAACGACAUUUUGUUUUAAGCACAAGUCAAAUUAACAGUGGCGUAGAAAAACGGUGCAAGGCUCUGGAUGGAUAGCCUGGACCCUGAAACCCUGUAUGUGUCUCCAGAGCAGACUGGACAGCCCAUGCUCCCCCUCCCUACCUCUGAAGCCUCCAACUCGGCACUAGGGGGUGGGAAGAAGAUGAAUGGGUCUCUGGAUCACCCCGACCAACCAGACGUUGAUGCCAUUAAGAUGUUCGUGGGGCAGAUUCCACGCUCCUGGUCAGAGGAGCAGCUUCGUGAGCUGUUCGAGCCUUACGGAGCAGUGUAUGAAAUAAAUGUUCUCCGAGACCGCAGCCAGAAUCCACCACAGAGCAAAGGGUGUUGUUUUAUAACGUACUAUUCUCGCAAAUCAGCCUUGGAAGCACAGAAUGCUCUGCACAACAUGAAGAUUCUGCCAGGGAUGCACCACCCAAUCCAGAUGAAGCCAGCUGAUAGUGAGAAAAACAAUGCAGUGGAAGACAGAAAGCUGUUUAUUGGAAUGAUCUCUAAGAAGUGUAACGAGAAUGACAUCCGACUGAUGUUCUCACCAUACGGACAGAUAGAGGAGUGCCGGAUACUUCGAGGUCCUGAUGGACUCAGCCGCGGUUGUGCAUUUGUGACAUUCACAGCCAGACAAAUGGCCCAGUCAGCCAUCAAGUCCAUGCACCAGUCCCAGACCAUGGAGGGCUGUUCAUCGCCCAUUGUGGUGAAGUUUGCAGACACUCAGAAGGACAAGGAGCAGAAGCGCAUGGCUCAACAGCUGCAGCAGCAGAUGCAGCAACUCAGUGCUGCCUCCAUGUGGGGAAAUCUCACUGGCCUCAACAGCCUGGGGCCACAGUACCUGGCAGUGAGUGUGUUUAUUCAAAAUCUCUACUUGCAGUUGCUGCAGCAGUCAGCCUCCACGGGGAAUGCACUCAACAACCUUCACCCAGUUUCAGGUCUUAAUGCCAUGCAGAACCUGGCUGCUUUAGCAGCAGCAGCGACUGCCACACAGGCCACAGGCUCCAGCGCCAUGACAACAUCUAGUAGCCCACUAUGUGCACUAACAAGUUCAGGUUCCUCCCCCAGCUCCAGCAGCAACUCAUCAGUGAACCCCAUGGCUUCUCUGGGGGCCCUGCAGUCUCUAGCUGCUGGUGCUGGCGCUGGCCUCAACAUGGGCUCCCUGGCAGGCAUGGCCGCGCUGAAUGGCAGCCUUGGCUCCGGAGGCCUGUCGAACGGCUCAGGAAACACCAUGGAGGCACUGAGCCAGGCCUACUCAGGCAUCCAGCAGUAUGCUGCUGCUGCCCUGCCCAGCCUCUACAACCAGAGCCUGCUGUCCCAGCAGAGCGUCUCAGCCGCAGGCAGCCAGAAGGAAGCCAGCGACAGUCACAGCACCGGUCCAGAAGGUGCCAACUUGUUCAUUUACCACCUGCCCCAGGAAUUUGGAGACCAGGACCUGCUCCAGAUGUUCAUGCCCUUUGGAAAUGUCAUCUCUGCUAAAGUCUUCAUUGACAAACAGACGAACCUCAGCAAGUGUUUUGGCUUUGUGAGUUAUGACAACCCAGUGUCCUCACAGGCAGCCAUCCAGUCCAUGAAUGGUUUCCAGAUCGGUAUGAAGAGGCUGAAGGUGCAGCUGAAGCGCUCAAAGAAUGACAGCAAGCCUUACUGAAGGUGCCGAGGCACUGCAGACUUAGUUAGGCAGGGGGCUGUUAUGGUAAGUGGAUUAUGAAUAACGAGACUGGUCCACUCAGAAACUUGUCUAUGCAUUACAGGGUGACUUCUGCUGCGCUGCCUCUCCUGGGCAUUAUAACAUGUCCAGGCAGCGAGUCACAUGAAGCUUCAUGCAAGAGAUUUACACUGGAUUCUUUCUGUGUUAUGUUGUGGUUUAUGCACUUUGUUUUCCUUAUAUAAGACAAACAGGUGUAUUUUCUUAUAAGUUGAAAUGUUAUCAGUUUGCUGUGGUAUAUAAUACACAUAUGAGUUGAUUGUUGGAUAUGUUGCACAUUGACAGUCAGGUCAGAGCAGUGCCAAAUCCAUCUGUGUUUACUUCCUGUUCACCUCCCCCCACCACCCAGACUAAGCAUAAAGCUUCACAUUUUCAAAAAACAAAAUGGGUGGUUUUCCCUACUAUUGCAUUAGAUAUCUGUAUUAUUGCUUGAAAAUGUAUGUGAUAUACACCUACAUUAGUUGUGAGGUUCAAGGUAAGGUACAAAAGCUUAUAUUGUUCAUAAGGAGGAGCUCCACUCAAACACGCACAGAGCAUAUUUGUCCUCAUUCUGCGUGUGUGUGUGUGUGUGUGUGUGUGUGUGUGUGUGUGUGUGUGUGUGUGUGUGUGUGUGUGUGUGUGUGUGUGUGUGUGUGUGUGUGUGUGUGUGUGUGUGUGUGUGUGUGUGUUGUGAGGGCAGAGUCUAGAUUUGUGGCACCUAUGCAGCCCUUGACGCUGAGAACAUCUUUUUCCUGUUCUCUGGUGUCACUGCAGUCAGGCUUAACUUCCAGCCCAUAACUCUCUUGCUGAAAGUUCUCUGAGCUCUGUGCUCUGAUCCAAAGAUGGCACAUGAUGCUUCUCUGGGUGUUGCAGCUGUUGCUUUCUGGUUUAUUUACCAAGGUGCCUCAGGUGGAGGGCUGCACAUUUCGUAUGGGUUGUGUUGUAUACAAACAUUGGCUGGAUGACCUGGAUAUAAUACCACUGUCAAGCAGUGGGGUCAUUGCAUUUAUUGUACUUUUCUUUAUCUGGAGAUUUGUAAGACUCACUUCUAAUGCAGUUGAAAUUGCAUAUAAGUAUAGAGUUUUCUCAAGGAGUAUACUCAGCAUGUUUUAGUGGUGCUCCUCCUGUGCUGUUGCACUCUGAGUGACAGAUGUCAGCUGUAACUAGCAAUACUGUGAAGUUAAAACCCAAAACAUCAUACGCUUGUUUCACUCAUCUAAAUAUCCAAGAGUCUGUCUGAUGCACAUAUAAUGCUUUGUUUAAAUACAUAUUAUGGUUUUAGCUAGUUUCUACCUUGAAUCCAGGUGUUUUGUAAAGAAUCCUCAGCAUCCCUCAGCGACUGUCCUGCUAGCUGACUGAUCUACAGAGGGCUACACCACUGUGUCUCUCACUGAAUAUCUUCUGGGACUGGAGAAUUCAUAUCAAUGUCAAAUUAGUUGUUUUGUUAGUUGCUUAGACUUGCAAGAAAUUGUGUUUUCGUUUUUAUAGAACUAGGAAGUGAGACAAUUGUUGAGAUGUAUAUUUAAACUAUUAUGCCUUUUCUAUUUUUAUAUAGGUUUUAUACUUCCCCUGUGUGUUGGGGAACUAUUUAUUGCCUAAAUUAUUUAUCUGAAUUGAAAUUAUUUUGAAAGACAAGUUUAGUCCAACAACUCAAUUUGAUCUCCUGGUGUGUGUCCUCUCCUUGCUUGUUUGGUGAUGUGUACUUUGUGUCAGCGUGGCAUGGACUGUGUGUGUAGGAUCCAUCAGUGUUGCUACAGACUUCAUGGAACCCCUCUCUGUCAUACAUGCCUUCAUCUGAAUAAAUUAUUCAUUUUACAAAAACA